GUGGUCUUCCGCGUAGCGUGGAAGAUAGCGACGCUCAUUGGCUGCCGACAUGGUUGCCUGAAUAGUCAACAUCGCGCGGAGGCCAACCUCCAUAAGCCUCGCCAUCACCAUUAAAGCUCACACGCCUGCGCAUCCUACUUCCUUGAUUUUCCAUCAGAAAAUCCAAGUUUCGAAACAAUGCCGAUCUCUAUUACCCUGGACACGAACAUCGAGCACCCCGAAACUCUCACAUUAACGUCAGAAUGUCCAAAUCUCGACCAAGAAAUCGCCGCUGGCAAAUCACCAUAUGUACUCAUCUCCAUCAACAAUCCCGAAACCCUCUCGUCUCUGGGCAAAACGCUAGCGACGCCCGACCCCAAUAUCCCCAUGCUCAAGCCGCCUUCCUCACGAAAUUGCGCCGACGACCGCUUCUUAAUUCCCAAGACCGCAAUCAAAGAGCUGCGCAUCCGAAUCUUCGCCCCCAUCUCCUCUGACGAUGAGCUUACACUCGAAGAAAAGAACGGUCACAUUGCUGGCCCAGUCACGUCUUCCCUCAUAGAAGCAUGGCGUACCGCGUUUCGCUGCAUCCCGGAGCGGCAUUGUGUCGAGCGCGUUCAAUUCGAUAUGCGAUGCGAGCAGCCACUCAUGAUGCGACAUGUUGUCCGACUGCUGCAGGAAGUUGGUACGGGGAUGUAUGUAAAAGCGAAGCGGACAAUGGGGAGGGAGCUGGUGUUCGGGGUUGUGGGAUGCCAGGAUGUGGAGAAGGAUAGGUGGUUGGAAGAAAGUUUGCCUGUAGAGAAAGGCCUGUGAAAAGAUGGAUGGUCGUGCGAAGAUGAAGGAAUAGAAUGAGUUGGGUCGAUGCAGUUGGGUUUGGUUAAUUAUACAUUUACGUCAUAGCACAUCCCGUCGCCGUCCUGAGGGAGUAGUGGUGCCGGCCAUGAAGAUCUCAAGUGCUAUUGCAUCAGAAGAUACACAUGUAUGCUGCAACUUUGGGCAAAUAAUUAUCUGCGCAGGUUUGCCUGGCCGCGGGUUGCAGCUGCACGGCGUGGUCGGUCGCGCGUGCCACUUCGAAUAGAAACUCCAGCGAUAUCAGCAGGUUUUCUUGCUCUAAUAAGAGAAUUUUACCUACCACAAUGAACAGUCAAGCACCAUACAGCAUGGACUGUUGCGAAGAUGAUCAUGGCGAGCAGCUGAAGUAGUGCAAGAACGUCGGAUCUGGCCCACAUGGCUGGGAUGUUGG